UGCCACCUGGCGGAGUACCUUCUGUACGGGCAAGAGUAUAGUGUGUUGCGUGUACUCAGUCGUUUCACAAAUACCGCGAGUGGUUUGCAUGUUGAGCCCGGCCGCGUUUCUUCGCGAAGGUAAUUCGUUUUCUGCGCGUAAAGUAAUCAUUUUUCUUUGGAUAAUAGAUCGUAUUGGAUAUGCGUGCGAGUGUACGUAUCCUAUUAUUGUAAGUUUGUGCCUCGAAGGAGUAUAACGGUUUUGUGGAAGAAAAUCUACACUCGUACGACGGUGGUGCCUCUCGGUCGAGUGUGUGUGACAAUCGCGAGCAAUGUAACCGUUCCGUGACGUCAGACACGGCUAAUCAAGUGCACACACGGACACUAGCUUUGCGCACUCGCGCACAUCUAUACAUUGGCGACACGUACUCUCCACGCCGCACCGCACCGCGCCGUGCCGCCGCGCCACGAUCGUAGAGAGCGUGUACGGGAUCGUGCUGCGCACGGAGAUAAAAAGAGAGGGAGGCAAGGAAAAUUGUACGGUAGCACACCGACUGAUAGAGGAAAGAAAACGAAGGGCGUGGAGGGGAGAGAAGGAAUACGAGAACGAUAAGAAAGGAGAUACGACGAAGGUUGUCGAGGAGAAGAAACACCAAGGAGAAAGACAGAGACGAACGUACGUCUCUCUUUCUCAUCCAUCGAAAGAGAGACAUGGGCGGACUUGAAACGACGAGAGAAAGGCCUUCCUUCUCUACAACUUCUUUUUUUUUCAACGAGGCUGAAAGUUGUGUUGGGCGAUGCCUCUCUAUGUAGAAUACAUAGAUUUCGAGCUUCUAUGACAUAUAAGAGAGAAGUUUUUUUUUAAAGCUAGAGAGCAGUAGUGCAGGAGUGCGACACACGUGUGUAUACGGUGUGUAUACGGUGUAUGUACGUAGUGCUCGCGUGUGGUGUGCUCGGUAAUAGGAAUAAGAGAGAUAGACUGUGAGGGGAGUGGGAAGGAGGUGGGGGAAAGUCUUUACCGUGCUGCUACUGCUGCUGGUCAGUGGAGGGGAGAGCGCGAAAAGGAGAGCCGCGAUCGCGUCUCGUGGCGCCCCGCUGUGCUUUUCUGCAGAAAACUGUUGCAACCUAUACGGCUCCGUUCCAUCCUUCUUGGCGUUAAAGGUGGACGUAGAGGAGGCUGAGAAGCGAAGAAAGUAAUGAGAAACGUAUUUAAGAAUGUGCUCGAAAGAUUGAACGAUUGCGGAUUUUAUAGGAAUGCACGUUGUGUUGUGAUAAAAAGAAAAAACAUCCAAAGGAAGAAGGUCUUUUUCGUGUUAGUUUUCGCGAAUUAAUUGUCUGAAGUGUGCGUUAUUUCGUGUGUGCGAGAAUCGAAGAAGAGGAGAGUGUACGACGUUGUCGUCAUAGUCGAUAGAGGCCGAUAUUUACGCGUGCGUCCGUUACGAUAUAACUGGAAAAUGGUCUUUCCAUCGGAUGACGAGUGCUGUCUUUAAAUUAUAAACGAAAAAGACAAAGAGGAAGGAAGAAAAUCUAACAUUGUUUCUCUUUCUUUCUUCUUUUUUCUGUGUUGUCGCGCGUGCUUUUAUUUUUUUUCUUGGUAUAAAAUUCGUUCGUGUUGUUACAUGUGUAUGUGACUAAAUGUUUUACGGCGAAGCAGCACAAAGUUAGAGAGAGAGAGAGAGAGAGGGAGAGUUUUUGUGUGUUAGAGAAAAGUCUUGGGGAGGUGCCGUCUUCUUAUCCUGACAUGGAAGAACGAUUCCUGUUCCCGACAUCGAUGAGCAGCAUCUACGUCGAAUCGAUCGACGAAUCGUUAAGGUUUCGAUCAACAAACAGAAGAGAAUUAGAAUCCCGUAGAGUAUAAGGGAAAAAAUUGGAGAAGGUGAAGGGGGAGGAGGGUGGUGGAGAGUCACAUUGUCGUCGUCGUCGAGGAGUUCGACGAUUGAAAAUUAUGUUCAAACUGAAUGUUACGGGAGUGGCGAAGAAGAAGAAGAGGAAUUCGAUCGGGCUGUCUUGCUCGUGUAGGGAAAAAGGAAUCGAGGAGAAGGAGGAAGACGAGGAGCACAUUUCCGGCUCUGUCGUCGUCGUAGAAAACGACAAAUUUCACGAUUGCCGCGAAACUCGUAGCGGCUGCUGUUACUCUUCUUCUAUUAUCUUCCUUUCUCAUCGAGACCAAGAGGAAAAGAUACAGGAGGAGAAGGAUACUGGUGGACUUCGAUAAACGAGAGGCCAACGAGAAAGCGAUAGGCUUUCGCUUUUUUACAACCAAUAUCGUGAAGAAUAGAGUAAAACUCGAAAAUUUCGGAAGUGCUUCGAAAGAAAGCCUAGCCCAUGUGAACUGCUGGACCCACUGUGGGCCAAAAUGAGCGCAAUCACCGGUAGCAUCGGUAAGAAAAGGAAGAAAUCGGAUGCCAAACCGCAAUCGCAGAUUAACAAGUGCCUUAACGAAAAACGACGACGCAACCAGGAGAACCUGUAUUUCGAUGAGCUUGCCGAGCUGAUUUCCGUCACGGACAUGAGCUCUGGCAAGACCGACAAAUGUCAGAUCCUUCAAAGAACCGUCGAUCAAAUUCGGCACAUCAGACAACAAGAGGGCUCGAACAGUCAUGCCGUGCAACAAGGGGAAGUAUCUUCGUCGAAUCCUAACAUAUUGUCCAACGAUCAAGUUGGUCCAAUUCUAUUGGAGGCGUUAGACGGUUUCCUGUUCGUCUUAAAUAGCGAGGGACGAGUGGAAUACGUAACGGAUAACAUUAUUCAGUAUAUCAAUUAUACGAAGGACGAUGUAUUGGGAAAAGAUAUAUAUAAUAUUAUACAUCAUGGAGACCACAACACCUUCAUGCCUACGUUGUUGCCCAUGUCAUUAGGCUGGACGAGCGAGCCGCAGCCUCAAACGAGGAGUCGUACUUUCAAUUGCCGCUUCCUGGUAAAGCCUCCCGAUGACAAAGACGAGACGAUGGAGGAGAAGCAACAAAGGGUAUCAAAAUACGAGUCAAUGCAAAUCUGUUCGUCUCUUUUGUCAAGUAAUACCGAACGACUCGAGAGCGGUGAUGUGUCCUCCGAAUCCCCAGACGUUGGUGGUCCUUGCGUAAUGUGCGUGGCACGUAGAAUACCACCAAACGAGAAGCCCAUAAAUACACCGAUCGAACAAUUCACUGUUAAAUUGGAUAUUACGGGCAAAAUCAUCGCGGUUGAUCUUAGUUGGUUGUCGGCCACUUAUUCCAAGUAUCUGAACAAGGUAAGGGACAUGGUCGGUACGAUGAUAAAGGAUUUGUGCCACCCUCAUGAUCUCAAUAAUUUAACUGCACAUUUGAACGAUACGCUUCAAAUCGGAGAGAGUACGAGCGCUGUUUAUCGACUGCGCGUUAGCCCUGAUAAGUUCCUUAAUAUACAAACGAAGUCGAAACUUUUCAAAGCGAAUGUGAUUAACGGCCACGAAUCGGAUUUCAUGAUGGCCACCAGUUCCAUCAUUGGGGACAAUGACUUAACGCCUAUCGAGGGUGGUCAGCUUUCCAACAACAAAGUGUGCUCGGGACAUUCUAGUAACCGUUGUGCAAAUAAUAGUAAUAAUAAUAAUGGUAACAAUAACAAUAACGUGGGUGGUCUGUUGAUGUCCGUGGCACAUCUAAACGGUCAAGUGAGUGGUAUCAGUGGUGGUCGUGGAUUGACGGGGACGACGCACGUUGCUACGUCGUCGAACUCGAUCGCCUUUAGUACCGGCGAUUCUUGCAACUCAUUAGCCUCGCUAACUACGAGUAAUUCGUUCAACCACUUUUCCGGGAGCAUGGACUUGGAAUUCGAACCGUUCUUCCGCGGCUCGUCAUGGGACUUGGACGGUAGCGGUGGUUGGCCGGAAAGGCCCGAGUCGAGAGGAAGCGGGCCAACAGAUUCGCGACCACCCUCUCAGCCAGCCCCGACAUCGCCGAGUCCCCAGGGAGGAGGAACCUUUUCCUCUAAUUCAGCGGUGCCGUCUCACUGUAGUCCCCUACGCGCUUUCAGCCCAUCCUCUUCGGUCAACGCGGCGCAUACCUUCAGUAAUUCCUUCCCGUUCAGUCCACUACAGGAAUCGCAGUCAUCCUCGACGUUGACUGGUAACAACACUGCUGCAGCUGCGGCUGCCGCUGCCGCUGCGGCCGCGGCUGCUGCCUCGGCUGGCAACAACACCCCCGUCAACAACAACAACGUCAAUACCAACGGUGCUACUUCCGUAGCCGUUGCUGCUGCCGCUGGUGCCACGGCACCGGUCAUUUUGCCAGCUCUCAAUGCUAAGAGGAUCGAGGAAGGAAAAAGCGGAUGUCCUACCAGCGGUACCAUGGACAAUGCAACUGCCAGGACGAAUGCCUCAACGCCCGCCGAAACUCAAAACAGUGUCGUGUCCACCGAAUCCGGUAGACUUAGAAACUUGUUAACGAAAGGUUCCAGUGCUAGUGAGGAUAAUCAGGACAAUACGAAUAACGAUUCAGAUAACCAAAAUAAACACAGGAUAUUGAAAAUUUUGUUGAAUCAGCAAGACGAAGAUGAUUAUCAUUCUGAACAUAACAACAAAAUGAGAACAAGUCCUAGUAACAUGCCAAAAUCGAAUAUGGAGCAUUCCAAAUCCGCUCUUGGAAAUAAUAUGCUUCUACAGUUACUAAAUGAGACAAAUGACGAGGAUGAGGAAGCUCGGGCUGGAUUGAAAAAGAGAAAUGAACUUCUUCAACAAUUAUUAAAAGAUCAAGACGAGGAGAGGAAAAUACAAGAGCAACAGAACCGGGAUGACGAUCCUCUAUUACGGAGUCUUGGUUUUCGGAAUAGCACUCCUUCGCCAUCGCAAUCGGGAAGUGAUCACAGCGGACUCGGUAGUACUUCUCAAGUUGGCCAGAAAAGACCAGGGGACGAUGGUGAUCUCAAUAUAUCCGUUAAACGACCGAUGGAUGGCUCGCAUCAGGUGUCUUCUACGGGUACUAACGCUUCGACGAAUGCGACGAGCAAACUAUGGGAGAAAAAUAAAAUGUUGGCUUCUUUAUUGGCAAAACAACCGCCUCAACCAACGACCAUACCACCUAUUCCUGCAUCUGUGAUAUCGGCAACGCCGCAAGAUAAGCUUCCACGUGGCAGUGCUGGUGGCGAUCGCUUAAAGCAACAUCAGUCGCAGCAGCAACAACAGCAACAACAACAACAACAGCAACAGCAGCAGCAGCAACAACAACAGCAACAGCAGCAACAACAACAGCAACAGCAGCAGCAGCAACAACAACCGUGGACAGGUGGCCACAUACAAACAGUCGGUGGGAACAAUACGAUCACAACAACGGCUACUUCGGCUCGUACUCCUCUGCAGAACCAAUCAAGACAACUACCUCGUCAAGCAACCAACAACUCCUACCUCACUCAUAUGCUAAGUCAGCAACAAAGGCCGCAAUUGGGUCAAGUGGAUUCAGAAUUUGGAGAUAGCGGAGAAUAUCGUCAAACGUGUACCGACCCAAGUACUUGGGAUAAUCAAUCGUCCGACCCAGAUCUCUCUGAGAUUUUGGAUCAAGUUAUUGAAUUUGUUCCGGACGAACCUAUCUCAGAAUCGUCUGCGUUAACAAAUCUCCUGGACGUUAUUGAGGCACCGCAAAACAAUGCUAUGAAUGAGAAAAUGGCAAUAAAUGCUAUUCAGAAGUCGUUGAUGUUAUGCGAAACUGCCGUAAAUCCAACGUCUUCCACCAUAACCAUACCUGGCACGCCUCCUGCGUAUUCGACUGCAUUGGUAACGACACCCGUGACGACCAGUCACAGUUACCAACCACCUCCAAUGUAUCAACAACAAGCAAGGAUGAGGUUCAAUGCUCAAUUGGUCGUUAGGCAGUCUACCACGCAGUUUACGCAACAGCACCUGCAAUUACAACAGCGUACUAAACUGAUACAACAACAGCAACAACAACAACAAUUGAAGCAAAGAUUACUGCAGCAACAACAGCAGCAACAAUUGCUCAUUCCAUCUAACGCAACGGCGACAGAUCAAAUUACAACUGGCAUACACAAUAUUGAUAAUCUAUUAAAUAAUACCGUUGCGCCGAAUGUAUCUUUACAGCGAUCGAGCGUCCCUGACUCCCAAGUUUCUCCGAGUUAUGGGGGAUCCGUCCAAAUCAGUUCCGGUCACCGACUCGCUCAUUCGUAUUCUCACCCAUCGACGUUACCACAACAUCCCAUUGUGAAUAAUAAUUUUAACAGCGGUCAACAAGUGUCAGCAGCUGCGAGACUUUCGCCGCAUUCUCCUGCCAAUAUAUUGUCCUUUUCUCAUCCGCAACCAUUAUCACCUCGAGUAACGCAAGGCAAUUAUGGCACCACUCCGAGGCUAUUUAACGUUAACCAGGUGAGAUCUCAACAACAACCAACCGCGCAACAACAACUUCAGCAACAGCAGAGGUCGAUGCCAUCGCCUGGAACGCCAGCCUCUGCAAGGCAAUCUCCGUUUCCUGCCGAAACAUUUCCCCCACCUACAUCUCCUACAGCUAGCCAAUUUCCACCUGGUCCAAAUCCUGGUGCUCCUAACCCUACUGCUCAGUAUCGCUUGCAACGGACUACAUCGACGCCUUCUGCCACGACUCAGUUGCCAGGUGGGGUUGGUUCGCCCCGACACUAUGGCGGAGUGAAUAAGGAACAACCUCUUCUUUCACCUAGUCAUCCACAUUCGGGUUGCCCUGCAGCACCGAAUCAUAAUCCACACAAUACCACCAAUACCCAACACUUCUCGAAUCAACAACAUUCUUCUAUGAUAUACCACACGAGCGCCAACACUAUCAACACACCAGAUAUGCAGAACAAUCAGUUCUGUUACGAUCGGACGUCCGUACCGCUCUAUUCUUCUGGGGAUACGCAGGAUGUCAGGUCACUGCCUCCCGGUAAUCCUGUCAAUCACCACAUGGGUGGUAACACAAGUACAACUGGAAGUAUGACAUCAGAAUUCGUUCGGCAAGAAUUAAGGGCUAUAGUUGGUGCGAGGACGCAACAACAGCAACAACAAAGGGUACCCAACAAUAUACCUAACAAUCUUUCUGGUCAAGUUUCUCAGGACGAUUUGGAAGCACUUGGUUUGACAUUUGAAAUGUCCACUGCAGGUGAGACUGUGGUUAAUGAUGGCCCCGGCAAGAGCUGGGUCAUUGGGAGUACCGGAAGUGCCCCCUCAUCCUCCAGGACUACUAUGGAGGAAGCGGUACGAGGUGAUCCUAAAUCAUCGUUGCUACAAAAACUGCUGUCCGAGUGACUGCGGGUUACUACGCUGUUGGACGGUAAAGGAUUAUGUGUGAUAUACGUUUGAAGAUGCAAGAAAAAAAAACAAAAAAAGAAAUUAUUAAGGAAACAAAAGAAAUAAUAAUAAUAAUAAUUAGAUAAAGCAAUGAGAGAGUGGGAAGAAGGGAUGGCGGAGGGGGAAGAAGAGAAAGAAAAAGAAAAAGAAGAAGAAGGAGAAGAAAAUGGAAGCCUAAAAAGAAAAGGCAAUCAAAGAUGCAUUUUAUAUGCGUAUACGUAAUGGGUACUAUUGUAUUAUAUAUAAACGUUAUCAUACGAAAUCAGUAUUCGGAUACGUAUUACCAAAUACAAUGCAAAGCUCUAUAGUGCGCGGCGCUCUCUAGAACCUUUUCGUUCAUCGUGAUAAUCCGUGGUGAAAAAGGAGCUUUUUUUUUUUCUUGCAAAAAAGAAAACAAAACAAAAAAAAUGAAAUAAAAUAAAAUAAAAUAAAGUAAAAUAAAAUAAAAAACAGCAUUCUGCCGUUUUUUAUCCGAACUCGAAGGACCAAAAGUUUUCAUUUCUAUGUUUGGCUGUGUCGAGAAGUUUCAUUGAUAUUGGUGUGUGAGUGAAUGCGUAUGUGU